AUGACACAAUUCUACAUUCAACAUCCAACAUGGCCGCUGACAGUUCUUCAAUCCGUCUGGUUUCAGUUUUGGUGUAGCAUUUUUAGGGCUGAAUUUUCUCAUUACAUAUUCUGGAAAAACGAGGAAAGAACGGCCGUAAUUGAUAGUAUAUAUUUCUUCUACUCGUUUGGAUUCAUAGCGGCAAGAGUGGCGGCAGUAUCUUUGUAUUCGGCAACGUUAAACGAAGCCGCUAGGAGACCCGUGGAAUAUUUAUACUCGCUGCCCACAGAAAACUACACGUUGGACGUUAGCCGGCUGAUAACACAAAUUAAUUACAUGCAAAACGGUAUUACAGGACAUGGAUUUUUUUUAAUAACAAAGAACUUUCUGUUGCAAGCGGCUGCCACGGUGAUAACCUUCGAAUUGAUGAUUUUUCAGUUCGCUCCUUCGACGCAAAAUAAGUACAACGUAAGGUCUGAGGCGGUUUGUAUCAAAUGACGGAAAACAGCUUUAAAAAUCCGCUGUCAGCAACAGAAUCUCACCAGUAAUAAAAUAUUUUCAUAAAUAGUACUUGAUACCUACAAAAUAAAUUGAC